AUGCCAUACCGUGUGCUCAUCACGAAUAUUCCCACAUACGUGGGGGAAGAGGAGUUCUACGAUUAUGUGCGCGCCCACGUUGGCGGGGAGUCUGUCGUAAAUGCUCUUCUUAUCAUGCGGCCCAUCACACAGAAUGAGAAAAACCAUAAGAACACAAACAAUAAUAACAAUAAGAACAACAACAGUCCACAACCACAAGAAGAGCAAACAAGAAGUAUGUCUUCCUCCGGUGCCGCACUUGUGGACUACGAAACGAAGCGGGCGGCAGACGCAGCACGGCGUGUGGACUUUUAUGUCGACGGUGUGCGUGUGAUGAUGAAGGCCGUCGGCACCGCACCAGCAGAACGCGAAGCUGCAGAGAAGGGACGCAGAGCGUAUGAGAUACUCCGCUGUGGUUUACAUCAAACAACAACAACAACAACAACAACAUCAACAACAACUGCUGUUAAACGGCCCCGUGAUGAGAAGGAUGAGGUUAGUGCUAGUGACAAGGAGAGUCUUUCUGCACACGAGGUGGAGCUUCGCCUUGUUGGGAUACCGUGCGAGGUGUACGGUUCAUUUUUGACUGCCAUUGUGGGAUGUGAGGAUGUGAGACCCAACAGGGAUGGAGAAGAUGUGAAGAGCAGUGUUGACAUUACAGUGAGCGGAACGAGCUCCUCUCAACAACAACAACACCAACAGCUCUCUGCUGUUCAACUCUUUGAUGAUGUUGCCCGAAGUGUUCGCCGUGCGACUCUAGGCGGUGAACUUCUUUCGCUGCGCCGCAUCAGCGACAGUGAGGCGAUCAUUCGCGUCUCUGCAUCUACAGGAGAGAGUUUACUAGAACGUGCAGCCGACGGCCACACCCUCAAUCUCCAUCUUGAAUCUUUAGAUGGACAAUCACAACAGCAGUACGCCCUGUUUGUGCAUCCCCCGCGGCCACACUUGCAACUGGCCGGCGAUAACUUUGUGUUGGCGAAGAAACACGAAGUACUGCAGGCAAUGUCGCGAAUGAUGGAGAUCACAAAUGGAAAGAUAGCAGGAUUUGUAGAUCCUUUCGGUAACUAUCUACUGCCAUCUGUUUAA